AUGAGAGGAAGACUUCAGCCACAAGAACAGACGAUACAUAAACUGUGUGUUGUUUGUUUCUUUCAGUACAAAAAGGACUUUGUUACUUUACAUCUAGAAAAACAAGAGACUUUGCCAUGGACAACUUUUAUUGAAUCAGGCUUAGACCAAUCAGCUAAAGACCCCGACUUUGAUAAUGACCAGGCACCAGAAGAGUAUUCCUCUUUUGCACAUGCAGGCUAUGAUUACAUUACGGACUAUCUUAAUGCAUUAAAUAACGGUAAAGAAGAAGACACAACCAUAAGACUUAUGAUAAUUGGAUGCUUCGGUCAAGGUAAAACCACGCUAGCCAGAAGGUUAAUGUCGCAUGACUUAGAUGGAGUACAAAGUACAAAUGGCAUAGACAUUUAUAACGUUACAUGCCAACAGGAUGAAAAUGUUUGGAACAGUUUAACAGAGGAAGAUUCUUAUGGACACACUAUGAAAAGACUGGCUCAGAUAAGUAUGACACAAGCUGACGAUACAAAAACUGAAAAUGAUGACAAUGCGUUAGAUGGUGCAAUUUCCACCAGUUCACAAGUUAUUUAUUCUAGAACCACACCCACUCCUAGUUCUAAACCAGUUUUGACAAAGGAUGAAAAAUUAUCAAUUUUUUGGGGAGAUUUUAUGGAUGAUCCAAGGCUAAACGACAGCCUAUCACUUUUUGAGCAAUUUAAACAAGAAAUUUAA